UGCUGGAGGGUGCCAGGAGCCUGCAUCCUCUCUCUCCUCAUGGCCCUGGGCUAACUGCGCUGCUGCUGCUGCUGCUCCGGUGAAGUAGUAACAGCCCGGAGUGGGACGGGCAAAGGGGGUAAACUCUGGCCCCGUCCCGUUCUCCACUUUUAAUGAGCGCUCCGAUCAUGCAGACCUAAAAGUCCGGGUGGAAGAGUUCAUUGCCUGCUGAUUCAAACUGCUUUCAAUGAACCAGGUUAUACUGUAAGAGAAAAAAAGAAGAAAAGGAAACAAAAGAAAAAAAAAACUGGAAAUAUUUUUUUUUUUUUACCGCCUGAGGAAUUACUUUACCGUCUCAGGUUAGGAGGUUAUACAAGGACAUCUGGUUGACCCGCUGAACCAGCACACCACCCAACAUGAUCAGGCCAUCGCUCACUGCCAUCUGCCUCGCCCUCCUUCUGUCCUGCGCUUACUCGGCCAAGCCAAAUGGAUCAAAGAACAAGAAGCCAAAGCAAGUUGUUCCAGCCAUCGAGUGUGACGUCAGAGCUGGAAAGAUCAACCUGCCCGAGUUCAUAGUGAAGUGUCCAGCCCACUGCAAGGAGACCAAGCAGCAAGUGUAUGGGACCGGAGUGUUUGCCUCCAUCUCCAGCAUCUGCAACGCAGCGAUCCACAGCGGGGUGAUCACGAACUCAGGGGGGAAGGUGAUUGUGAGGAAGAUGGCGGGGCAGAACAUCUACAAGGGCACCAAUUCCAACGGAGUGCGCUCGCUCUCUCUGCCCAAGUGGAGGGAAUCAUUUGUUGUCUCAGUGGGGAAGCCAAAGAAAGGAGUGAUCUACCCAUCUACCCUGGACUACACCCCUUCAAGACCAACCUACGUGAAAACAAGUCAAAAGGAGGCCAAAGCUCCGGUAGCCACCACAGCGCUGCCUGUGACGACAGCACCUGAACCCGCCACCACCACAGCACCCGAACCCACCACCACCACCACCACCACCACGCCAGCACCCACAACCACCACCAGCACCACCACCAUCACCACCACAACUCCACCCCCCACCACUGCCAAGGCUCGCGCUGCACUGCACAAAGUCAGGGAUGCAGGCAGCAGUCACCCGUACUUUGCAGCCGCAAGUUCAAGGCAGUCACAGAAUGGUCAAAGAAAAGGUCCCGGCCAAGUAUUCAGAGGAAGUGCCUAUGCGAAUAGAUUCUCACCACGUGCCAAUCCAGGUCUGCGUAGACCAGAGGCAGGGUCAACUAUGAGGAGACAGCCAGCGUCCCCUGUUGGCUCAGCUUUUAACAGGGUUCAGCCGGCCCCACCUGAGAGGAGUCCGAGCACCGGCCAGUCCAGCCCUGCUUUUCCCAGAAGGGAUUGGCCGCCCCCCUCCUUUGCUCGUCCUGAUUGGUUCCCUGGAGCUAGACGACCAGCAGAUGUUAGUUACGCAGCUCCAGACUCAGGCUACACAUGGAGCGAGGCGGACACACCUGACACUGCAGCUCGUGAUCAAAGGCCUGAUAUCUCAGAGUAUGAGCGGUGGUAUUAUAACUUUGGACCGUACCCACCCCGCGCCCCUGAGUCAGAUGGCAACCGUAAACUGCCACUGGACACAAGCCAUACCCGAGUGGAGCCAGUGGAUGUCUGGAAGCCAGAAGCAAAUAUUUAUGAAUCAGGCUUUAAUGUGAGGGAGCAGGACUCUAUACCCAGAGCACCAGAGCCUGUAUCCCAGGGAGACCCAAACUGUAAGGUGGACCUUGCCUUCCUGAUGGACGGAAGCUGGAGCAUUGGGAAGCGCCGCUUUAAGAUCCAGAAAGACUUCUUGGCUGAGGUGGCCCAUGCCAUCAACGUGGGUGUGGCUGGACCGAUGAUGGGCAUCAUCCAAUAUGGGGAUGAUCCAGUGACCGAGAUCAGCCUGAAGACUUACUCCAACUCCAGAGAUGUCAAGACAGCCAUAGAUAAGAUCGUCCAGAAGGGAGGCCUCUCCAAUGUGGGGAGGGCCCUUUCCUACAUCAACAAGCAGUACUUCAGUGAUGCAAAUGGCAACAGAGGAGGAGCUCCCAAUGUGGCUGUGGUGCUGGUGGAUGGCUGGCCGACAGAUAAAGUGGAAGAGGCGUCUCGGCUCGCCAGAGAGUCUGGCAUCAACAUCUUUUUCGUCACCAUUGAGGGCCCUGACGACAAUGAAAAACAUAACGUGGUGGAGGCCAAUUUUGUAGACAAGGCUGUGUGUCGGACAAACGGCUUCUUCUCCUUGCCUGUGUCCAGCUGGUUUGCCCUGAGGAAGGCCGUGCAGCCCCUGGUGAAGCGUGUGUGUGACACCGACCGCCUGGUGUGCAGCAAAACCUGCCUUAACGCUAACGACAUUGCCUUUGUCAUCGACGGCUCCAGUAGUGUGGGAACUGGCAACUUCCGCACGGUGCUGCAGUUUGUGGCCAACGUCACCAGGGAGUUUGAGAUCUCCGACACGGACACACGGGUCGGAGCCGUGCAGUACACCUACGAGCAGAGGCUGGAGUUUGCCUUCGGCCAGCACAACAACAAGGCUGACCUGCUGAACGCCAUCAAACGCAUCAACUACUGGAGCGGCGGGACCAGCACCGGGGCUGCCAUCACCUACGCGGCCGAGCAGCUCUUCAGCAAAUCCAAACCCAACAAACGCAAAAUCAUGAUUGUCAUUACAGACGGACGCUCCUAUGAUGACGUCAGAGCACCUGCACUAGCCGUCCAUCGUCAAGGUGUCAUCGCUUACUCCAUCGGGAUCGCCUGGGCAGCCCAGGAUGAGCUGGAGUACAUCGCCACGGACCCCGACAAAGAGCACUCCUUCUUUGUGGACGAGUUUGACAGCCUCUACAAAUUUGUGCCCAAGAUCAUCCACAACAUCUGCCAGGAAUUCAACUCCCAGCCCAGGAACUGAGGAAAACACCAUGGACCCAAGGACACGAGGCAGAGGGAAGCAGAGUGGGGAGGCGAGGGGUUGGAAGGGUUUGGGAUGGAGGAGGGAGGGGGGGGCAUCUUGAUCCUGGACUGUCACUACAUCUAUUGGGGGGCUGGCUUAACAGAAGACUGAUUGUAAAUUUGCCCAUUCUGUUGCCCAGAUGGCGGUGCUGGAUUGGCUGCAGCGCUCCAUAUUUGAACAGGGAGGGGUUUAGAAUUAGGUGAGGAUUGUGGAAAUGUAAAAGUGAAAUGGCAUUCGGCGGUAACAGCAGUAACUAACGGCUAUGGGUUUGCAUAUACACGACGACUCAUAACCACACCGACAUAUGGGCAUCUUAAAGAAUACUCUGAUGUUCACUUCCCCCCCCCCCCUCCCCCCGUUAUUGUUGGUGCUGUAGUGUGUGACAGUCGGUGCCACAGAGAGAACAGGGUGCAUUCUCGUUCCUGAUCAUGCAAUAUGAUUGAUAAAAGUAAAGCUACCUUACUGGGAUAUGGUGCUUGCAGAGAAAUGUAGAUUUUAAGCAUGCCUAGCACUUCCUUUUAUGGCUUAACACACUGCAUAAACUUAACAUGGUGCUUUUUUUUUUUAUAAUACAGUUCUCUGUAAAGAGGACAUACUUUCUUAGAAUUGGUUCAUUGUGAUCUUUCUAAUAGGAGAGAUGUGAUAGUAGGGACAUUGUUCAAGUUCCUCGCAAAAGAAGACUGGUGCCGUUGCUUGGCUAGGUCGGUUUUAAUGGUACUUGGUUGAAAUAAACACCCACAUGUUAAGAGAUGGAUGUGACAAGGCCGGCCAAUCCUUUCAAAUCAAUAACAUGGGACAAGGAAUUAGACAGAAGUGUUCCAGACAUGAGGACAGAGGAACUUCGCAGGUUGCUCACUAUAUAACCUUGUAUGCAGCGAUGGCAAAUCAUAAAUUUGCUUCUCAGGAAUGAAAGCAGUUGCUUUCAUCACUUUUCCUUUCCAAUAGUGUGGUUUCUUUUUAUGUAGCAGGUUAAGUCUUUGGUUUUGUUGAAAGAGUAUUUAUAAUAUCUCCAUUAUGUCCUGUUUGUACAUAUGCAUAUUAAAAGCCUUUCGCUUAUAAUGUUCAAAUACCUAAUUGAUCAAUAUUUUAUUGGUUUUUAAUAAAAUAAUGAAA